GUAAAACCACUUGACAGGAUUUUAAUUUUGACGUUCAAAAUUUGUAAUCAUUUGUGUUUGUGAUUGUUUGAUUUUUUAAUCACAUAUCCACAUCACACAGUCUUCAUAUUCCAGAAUGCGAAACAGCGACGAAUUAUCCUACAACUAAGAUUCAUUUAAAUCCUCCAUAAUAUACGAACAGUGAAAAAAAUGUUAUUGCCAAAUUGAAUCUAUUGAGCUGGCUAGCUACUUAAAUAAAAUGCCUCGAAUAAGGUUUACACGAACAUCGAGGAUUAUAGCACUAUGCAGUUUCGCAAAUUUCAUAAACAGUGCAGAUAGGGUAAUUAUGCCCAUAGCUAUAGUUCCUAUGACAGAUAUAUUCAACUGGUCACUGCAUUCUCAAGGAUGGAUUUUAUCAGCUUUUGCAUUUGGGUACUUGACAAGUCAGCUACUAGGUAGUUUUUGGGCAACAAAACUAGGAGCAAAAAACGUAUUGAUAAGCAGUGUACUCUUGUGGAGUAUUGCCACAUUUGUUACACCUCUUUUAGCAGGUAGCAUAACUGCCCUUGUGAUAUGCAGGAUAGUAUUAGGAUUUGCUGAAGGAUUAGGCUUACCCACAAUAUUCCACCUAUUUGCUCAUAGCAUACCAGUAGAAGAGAGAUCCAGGGCGUUUUCUUACUUAUUAGCCUCAGGUUCAGUGGGUCAGACUGUAGCUUCAGUGGUUUGCCCACAUCUCAACUGGGAAGCAUGCUUUUACUGGUUUGGUUCUAUAGGAUUCAUGUGGGUGAUACUAUGGUACUGUUUCUAUCCUGGUGACACCUUUCCUGGUGAGGAAACUCUUCCUUUGCAUAUGCCAAAGGUCAUCAGCCACAAUAUCAGAUGGGCAGACUUCAUCUUUAGUAAACCUUUAUGGGCAAUCUAUACUGCGCACUUUGCUAUGAAUUGGAGUUCAUACAUUAUCAUGCAGUGGUUGCCAACCUACUUAUCAAGGUAUUUGGGCGCAAAUGCUCAUAGCCUUAGUCUGACUGCUGUACCUUACAUAGUCAACUCAAUAUUCGGCGUAAUAAGCGGCCAUGCAGCAGACGGAUUGCUGGGGAAGAAGAACUGGUCGGUGCUUAACGUCAGACGCUUGAUGACUAGCAUUGGUUUGGUCGGACCGGCAUUGUUCCUUGCUAUCUUCUGUGUCGUCGACAACUUGGCUUUAGCGCUGAUAUUAGUGAGCAUUUCCAUGGGUUUAUCAGCGAGCAACUCUGCAGGUCAUCUGAGCAAUCAUGUAGAUGUAGCACCAAAUUAUGCGGGAACGACGUUUGCGAUCAGCAAUACAAUCGCGACGAUACCAGGCAUUCUGUGCGGACCUGUUACCGCCAGCCUGGUGACAGCUUCAGAUGGAAAAUGGAUCAAAGUGUUUUUGACUGCGACGUUUAUCAAUCUUACUGGUGCUUUUGUUUAUUUUACCAACAGUGUGGCCACUCAGUUGCUCUGAGUUAUUCGAGAUUUUAUAGAUUAUAUUAUCAUGUUAAGUUGAAAAAUAAAUAUAUUAUUUAUAACUUAGCUUUGCAUAUCAGUUCGUAGAUCAUUGGUACAAAUAUGACAGCAACGGUCACAAUAAAUAAAUUACAGCCACAUUAAUUAUAAGU